CGAAACCAGAGACUCUCAAUUCUCAUGCUCUAUCAGCUCUCCGUGAUCUCUACGAUCGGAGCUCAAAAAUGGCUGCCUCCAAAUUCUGCCUCGCCGUCGUCUUCCUCUUAGCUUUCUUCUUCCCUAACGGGGCCGAAUCGCAGUUUCUCUGCAGAAGCACCUACUGCGGCGGAGGCAGCUCGCCGCCCGUUCGAUUCCCGUUCCGACUGAAGAAUUCGCAGGAUCCUCGAUGUGGUUACCAGCCGGAUUUCGACCUUUCCUGCAACAAUCGGAACAAGACGAUUCUAAAUCUUCCGAUCGCCGGAGACCUCGCGGUGGAGAGGAUCGAUUACAGACUUCAGACGUUGUGGAUCAACGAUCCGGAUCAAUGCUUUCCGAGACGACUCCUGGCGGAGUCUUUCAAUCUGCAGGACUCGCCGUUUAUGUCCUUCUACAGAUCCGAAAACUUCACCGUCCUCAAUUGCUCCUAUGACGUCGAAACGCUGCCGUUCGAUCGCGUCCGGAAGAUCAAAUGUAUGAGCGGCGAAAACUACUCUGUAAUCACCGUGCCGGACAGAGACUACGCGAUGGUUUCCGCUUUCCUGCCGGCGCCGUGUAACGUGAUUGCGGCGAAGAAGCUUCCGUCGUCAGGGAUGGCGAUUGAAGAAGGAAUGGUGCUGAAGUGGAGUGAGCCGGACUGCGGAAACUGUGAGUCGCGCGGCGGAGAUUGCGGAUUCAGAAGCAAUUCGAGUGCAGAAAUCGAGUGUUUCAAUCUUCCGAAGAGCGGGAUUUCGAGGGGUGCCAAGUACGGGUUAAUCAUUGGCGUGGGGAUCCCAAGCCUCCUUUUAUUAAUUGGGCUGGGCUGUUGCAUAUGCGGGAAAUUCAAGGUCUUCACUCGGUCCAAUCAGCGAAUGAUAAACCUCUCCUACUCAAUGGGCCACGAGCCAACUUCCGUCGUAGCAGGCCUUGAUGGGCCGACCAUCGAAUCGUUCCCCAAGACGCAGUUGGGUGAGAGCCGACGGCUGCCGAAGCCCAAUGACAACACGUGCGCCAUAUGCUUGUCAGAGUAUCAGUCGAAGGAAACCAUCCGGACCAUACCGGAUUGCGACCACUAUUUCCAUGCCAACUGUGUGGAUGAGUGGCUUAAAUUACAUGCCACAUGUCCGGUGUGCCGAAACUCGCCAGACGAAUCCCCCGCUGCCACCACACCUUCUUCUUCAUCUGUCUCGAGGUCAUCACCGUCGGUGACUUCAUUGUCUCUCCAUGACUCCGGAAGGUUUUAAGUAUGACUCUCACAUUUGUAUAUAUCGAAUGAUUUGUAAUGCUUUAAAUCUUAGCAUAACUUUGAGAA